AGAAUAGUUCAAACAAAUGUCCCAACAACACAAACACAAGCAGGUUAAAUCCUGAAACCCCAUUCCAGAGUCCAGCAGAGCUCGGCAAUGGAGCUACUGAUGGUCUUUCUCUCCUUCUCGGCCCUUGGUGCCGUAGUGGCAGACGAAGAAUCCUGUGCCGGCCGGUGCAAUGUGGGCUUCCAGCCGAUGGUGAAAUGCCAGUGUGAUGCCGUCUGUGCCUUCUACAGCAGUUGCUGCAGGGACUACUACACCGUCUGUGUGAAAACACGUGGAGAUGUCUUUGCCAUUCCCGAGGAAGAUGUUUAUGAUUUUGACACGGAUUACUCCGACUUCCAGACUAACGGCACGGAUGAAGUGUAUCCAGAUAUGAAUCCUAGACUGCAACCAGAUCUGGAACAGGAACCCACCCAUGAACCAGAGCCCACCUAUGAACCACAGCCCACCCAUGAACAGGAACCCACUCAGGAGUGGAGCCCAGAACUGGUGCCCAUCCAUGAACAGGAACCCACUCAGGAGUGGAGCCCAGAACUGGUGCCCACCCAUGAACAGGAGCCCACUCAGGAGUGGAGCCCAGAACUGGAGCCCAUCCAUGAACAGGAGCCCACUCAGGAGUGGAGCACAGAACUGAUGCCCAUCCACGAUCCUGUGCAUGGCAACAUGUGUCUCACUGAUAAGCCUUUCGAUGCAUUCACCGACCUCAAGAAUGGAUCGAUCUUUGCUUUCCAGGGACAAUAUUUUUAUGAACUGGAUAAGAAAGGUGUUGUUGCUGGAUAUCCCAAGCAGAUUCUGGAUGUGUGGGACGUGCAGGGCCCCAUCGAUGCUGCCUUCACUCGAAUAAACUGCGAGGGAAAGACCUACCUGUUCAAGGGCAUGAUGUACUGGCGUUUCAACGAUGGGAUAAUGGAGGAAGGCUUUCCCAGGCCAAUCAAGGAUGGCUUCCCAGGAAUUCCGACCCAGCUCGAUGCAGCCCUGGCCAUUCCUGCAUCCGGCAUCCAUGGGAAGGAGCAAGUGUAUUUCUUCAAGGGCAAUCAUUACUGGCAGUAUGUCUUUGAACAUCAGCCCACCCAGGCAGAAUGUGCAGCGAUACCCAUGUCCAUCCCCUUCCAGAGGUACACCUACCUGAUGGCUGACAACUGGGACGACUUCUUCUCAGAGCUCUUUGGAUCCAUCUCAAGUGCCCGCACCUCUGGCCCGUUCUCCAUCAGACAACACUGGCACGGGAUCCCUGGUAAAGUGGACUCAGCAAUGAUCGGCAAACUUUUCAUGGUGCGCAAGCAGAAAAGGUGCAGCCGGAGGAGAGGACGGAACCACCGGAGACGACAGCCCAAGGGUUGGCACAGGAAGCACUCGUCCAGCGAGGAGGAUGCCUUCACCCUCGUGCCCAGCCAGAGCGUCUACUUUUUUGUCAGAGAUAAAUAUUACCGCGUCGACCUUGACACCAAACGAGUGGCCUUUGCUUGGCCUCGAUAUCCCCGAUCCAUCAACAAGUACUGGUUCAAGUGUGAGAACGAGUGAAAGGAAGGCAGCUCUGGACAGGACCAUCACUGGCCGAGAUGGGCUGCCCGCCGCCAGUCCCCGAUCCUUCGUGCAGGAGGACCACACCACGGGGAACAUAGAUUGAGGAAAUAAAACCAAAAUAAGCUGCCUCUA